CACUGUCCCUGCGAGUUCUUUAAGUUCCUUGUAAUCUGUACACAAGAGAAAGAGGGAGAGAGAGAGAGGGAGAGAAACAAAGAAAGCAGGGCUCAGGUAAAGGAUUGGGGCUGCUUCAGCCAUUCAGACCUCAGGAGCUGAACCAGUGUGGAGGCCCCCAGAAGCCCAAGGUGGAAGGAAAGAGAAGCGAUAGGAAGCUAUUACAAUGACACUGGAAGGAAGCUGCUGUGGCUUGACCUGGGUAAGGGCAAUGGAGGUGGUGAGAAGUGGUUGGAUUCUGGACAGAUACCUGUGAAGGUGAUGGCCGUGUUCCCUCCACAUCCAAGAGGAAAAUCGCCCAGGAUGCAGAAGGAGAUGAAGGUGAUCAAAGAUGAGGAUGGGCGUUUCAGCCUGGGCAUGAAGAGGAUCCCCGCCCUUCCCCACUACCUGCAGCCAGGGGCUUCCCGAGGGAAGGCGCCCCCCAGGCACCCCUUCCCCGAGGCCCUCCGGGGACCCUUCUCCCAGUUCCGGUACGAACCUCCCCCGGGAGAUCUAGACGGAUUCCCUGGGGUCUUCGAAGGAGGGGGGUCUCGGAAACGGAAAAGCAUGCCCACGAAGGUGCCCUACAGCCACCCUGCAGAGGAAGCCACCAUGGGCCUCCACCCGGAGAGCAAAAGCCACGGCCUCCCCAGCCUGCCCCUGCUGUUCCCGCCGCCACCGCCGCCGCCACCGCGCCCCAAGUACGACUCGCAGAUGAUUGACCUGUGCCACGUGGGCUUCCAGUUCUGCCGCGGCCCGGAGCCCCCGGGGGCCAGGCCCGUCAAGCAGGAGCCGCUCAAGCCCAGCGCCCUGUGGCCGCAGCCCACCCCGCCUCCGUUCCUGCCCGCGCCCUUCCCCUGCUACCCCAAGGUCCACCCGGGCCUGGUGCUCCCCUUCUUCGUGCCCUCGGCCUCGCCCUUCCCCUUCAGCCGGCACGCCUUCCUGCCCAAGCAGCCGCCAGAGCCCCUGCUGCCCCGGAAGGCCGAGCCCCAGGAGAGCGCGGAGGCCACGCCGAAGGUGGAGAGGGUGGACGUGAACGUGCAGGUGGACGACAGCUACUACGUGGACGUGGGUGGCGCGCAGAAGCGCUGGCAGUGCCCCACCUGCGAGAAGUCGUACACCUCCAAGUACAACCUGGUGACCCACAUCCUGGGCCACAGCGGCAUCAAGCCGCACGCCUGCACCCGCUGCGGGAAGCUCUUCAAGCAGCUCAGCCAUCUGCACACCCACAUGCUGACCCACCAGGGCACGCGGCCGCACAAGUGCCAGGUAUGCUACAAGGCCUUCACGCAGACCAGCCACCUGAAGCGUCACAUGAUGCAGCACAGCGAGGUGAAACCGCACAACUGCCGCGUGUGCGGCCGGGGCUUCGCCUACCCCAGCGAGCUCAAGGCCCACGAGGCCAAGCACGCCAGCGGGCGGGAGAACAUCUGCGUGGAGUGCGGCCUCGACUUCCCCACCCUGGCCCAGCUGAAGAGGCACCUGACCACGCACCGCGGCCCCAUCCAGUACAACUGCUCCGAGUGCGACAAGACCUUCCAGUACCCGAGCCAGCUGCAGAACCACAUGAUGAAGCACAAGGACAUCCGGCCCUACAUCUGCUCCGAGUGCGGCAUGGAGUUCGUGCAGCCCCACCACCUCAAGCAGCACUCCCUCACCCACAAGGGUGUGAAGGAGCACAAGUGUGGGAUCUGCGGGCGGGAGUUCACCCUGCUGGCCAACAUGAAGCGACACGUGCUGAUCCACACCAACAUCCGUGCCUACCAGUGUCACCUCUGCUACAAGAGCUUUGUGCAGAAACAGACCCUCAAGGCACACAUGAUCGUCCACUCGGAUGUGAAGCCUUUCAAAUGCAAGCUCUGUGGGAAGGAAUUUAACCGGAUGCACAACCUGAUGGGCCACAUGCACCUGCACUCAGACAGCAAGCCCUUCAAGUGCCUCUACUGCCCAAGCAAAUUCACCCUGAAGGGGAACCUGACACGCCACAUGAAGGUCAAGCACGGCGUCAUGGAACGGGGCCUUCAUUCUCAAGGUUUGGGAAGGGGGCGCAUCGCCCUGGCGCAGACAGCCGGCGUCCUGCGGAGUUUGGAGCAAGAGGAACCCUUCGACCUGUCCCAGAAGCGCGAGGCCAAGGAGACUGCUUUCCAGUCGGAUGGGGAGAGCGCCCGAGGCAGCCCCUGUCCCGAGGAGGACGAGGAAGACAAAGGCUGUGAGGCGGAGCCCUACAGGCCCGGCCUGCGCCCCCAGAGCCAGCAGCUCUGCGCGCCCCAGGAUCUGUCCAUCAAGCCCGACCAGGGCCCCGAGGCGCAAGGGGAAGCGCGCCCCGUGGAGGAGGAGGAGGACGUGCCCCGAGAAGAGCGGGAGGAGAGGAGCGCUGGCGACUGCGGGGCGGAGGGCGGCCCGGAGAGAGAUUGUGCCCGCAGGGACGAGAGUCUCAGCCUCAGGGCUCUUCAGAGCACCCGGCGGGGCCCUUCUUUUUCUGAUUACUUAUACUUCAAGCACAGAGAUGGGAGUUUAAAAGAAUUACUGGAGAGGAAAAUGGAAAAACAAGCAGUGCUUUUAGGUAUCUAAGUGGACAGCUUUAAGAUUACAUUCGGGGAAGUGGGCAGUUGGAAUAUAGCUUUCUGCGUGAACUGCCACUUGCUGGGGGCUGGCGGGCAGUGCCAGUCUUCACAAAUGGUUCAGACCUAAUGAGCGGGCACCAUCCUAGGUAACGCAAAAGCUUCUCAGGUGGUUCUCCAGGACCCUGAGAGGGCUGCCACGGUGCAGGGGCUUCUGCAGCGAUAUUCUUUGUAGCAUAAAGAGCUGCACAUACGCCACAUAUCUCACUGUAAGCUGGUGCUGAGGUGCUUAGAAAUUCUCUUAUUUUUCCUUUGACUAAUAGGCAAUACCUGGUAAAUUUCUAGUUACCAAAAACGGUGCUUGAUGUGUUACCUUAUUAACUAUUUAGUUCAGUGAGUGAAAGUUAUAUUUUUCCAGAUAGAUGAACAUAUUAGUAGUUGUAUAUAUAAAAAAUAGCCUUUAUUAAAUAACCAAAAAGACAAGAAAUGACCCAGGAGGAUGAGCUAUUAAAGGGGAUGUUUUCAAGUUGUUGCCACAGAUAGAAGAUAAAAUUUUAGGAGAAGGCGAGUAAUUGUGACUCCUGGAAAACCAGCAAUACUUAGAUUCUGCUUGGGAUGCUUGGAGUCUCUUGUUCUGCUUUUGCUGACUGCAUGGGUCAGGGCGUUUGGAGCGUAUUUUCAGAUGACCUGAGACUGCUCAGGGAUCCUGGGUCUCCAGACCACCCCGUGUCCCCAGUAGAGUUCCCUCAUGCGAACCAUCACCAGCUGCCUCUGAAGCUUCAUGUUCCAUGAGACAGCUGCAGGAAGUGUCGUCACCAGUGAGCAGGGCAUCACUGCUCCGUGUUGGACCUCAGGGGGUGAUCUUGAGGAAUUCUUCUGAAAUCUAAGCUCUGACUUAUUGGGGGUAUUAAAAUAAUCACCAGCUCAUCACUAGUAAGGAAGCCUCUGAGCCGGCUGCAUUCUCAGUACAGACUGUAUGUUACAAUCAUCUGGGAAAGCCUUUUAAAAAAUACCACACCCAAGGCUUCGCCCCCCAAUCCCCGAAUUAGAGUCUGAUUUAAUUGGUUUGGAGCGGAGCCCCAAGAGUUGCAGUUUCCAAAUUGCCCCAGGUGAUUCUUGUGUGCAGCCAAGACUGAGAAAGAUUGGCUGUGCCAAAAUAGCACUCACCAGGUCCUGGGGCUUCCAGGACUCUUCCCAGGGAAUCUGUAAAUAUUUCUGCUCCUGGCUUCAGACUCAUUAAGGAAAGAGCAGGAGACCACACAAUCAUACUGCUGACCCAGGCCUUCUGACCUGUUCCCAAGAGCCUCAUGAGGGGGCGCGCACACAUGAUAGAUGCACACUUUUUGUACUGGAAGAUGAUGCCUGUGAUGUUUAUGGUCACCUUGUAUUUUGAAAAAUGCACGGCUGGCCUAUGAUGACUAUUACUUCCUCCGAGAUGCUUGCACCAUGAUUCCAGGGAGUGACGACAGCUAAAAGGGUGUGCUGGGCCAAUCCAGGAGGCCUUACUAGCACUGACACUGAGGAGAGUGACACUGGGAGGGUGUUGUGAAUGUGAUUGGCCAUAAGAAGUGACCCUUUGGUACUAUGCCUGGGUUUCUGUAAAAACUGCCUCUUGGUUGGUACUUGCAGCUCCUGUAGUAGAGCUAGGUAUUGUUUGUUAUUGUUUCUUUUCUCCCAUUUUGCUUUUCUUUUCUCCCAGAAAUGUCCCAGUACAUUUCUCUAACACGUCCCUGUCGAGCUGCAGUGCCAGCCUUUUCCAUGGGCUCAGGUGCUCCCCCAUGGGCCUUAUCAUUACCACGUUCUUGUCAGUCCCUGACCCAUUUUUCCUGCCACCUUGCCUCAAACCCCUUCCUUCAGCCUCACCACCAUCAGCAGCUAAAGCUGCCACGUCCUGAGGUCAGCACACCUGUGAAGGGGGUGGAGUAGAGAAGAUGUGGGUUUCUGUGGUUACAAGCACAACUUGGGGCCAAGAGUUCCAAUUCCUCAGAAGGUCAAGUUCCCUUCCAUUCGUGAUUAACUUAGCUCAUUGGUGCCUCUGCUGAAGUUGCCUAGGAGGCUGGCAGAGUGGUCUGCGAGGCCUCCAGCUCUCAGGAUCCACUUACAUCAUACGGCAGCUGCAUGCUGUGGGCCUACUGCGUGCUGGGCCUGACCACACGUGCUAUAGAUUGCCAGUUGGGACUGAGUGUGCCCAGCUGGAAGGGGAACCAGGAAAAUCUAGAGUACCCUGUUUCCCCGAAAAUAAGACUGUCUUAUUUUAAGGUGUGCUCCCAAAGAUGUGCUAGGUCUUAUUUUCAGGGGACGUCUUAUCUUUCCUGUAAGUAGGUCUUAUUUUCGGAGGAUGUCUUAUUUUCGGGGAAACGGGGUAGCAGGCUCUAGUCCUUUCCAAUCAAAUCAAAUCGCAGGAGAAUUUAUGAGGAACCAGUUAAUGUUGAGAUGAAGAGAGUGUGGUCUAGAAUAGUGGCUUUUCAACUGUGUUCUGAAGAGCCAGAGGUCGACCGUAGGUCACUGAAGAACUGCUGGGGAGGAGAAACCCUUAGUGACCAUGCUCGUUUCACUCAGAGUGGCUCAAGUUUCAUCUGUUUGGAAUGCUAGCAUUCCAAAUAAAAGUUUAUUUGGCUGGGGGAAAAGGGUAGGGUCUAGGACCCGUAACAAAAAUUCAUUAUAGAGUGCAUUCCAAAGCCUGUUUUUUGUUUUUGACUCUGGGUAUGAGAGACUUAAUUAGCUCUAACAUGAUGGUUAAUAUAACACUGAUCUUCUGAAAACCUAACCUAAAGUCUUGAUUUUGUAGAGUGACCAACAUCCUAGUUUUCCUGGGAUAAUCCUGGUUAAGACAUCUUGUCCCAGGGGUCAUUACUAAUAAUGUCACUUUUAUUCUCAAAAGUAUCCGAGGUUGGGUGAGAAAUUAUAUGUACACCCCAUGCAUGAGCACAGAGCUGAGGAAGGCAUUGGCCAGCCUUGCCCAACAAACGGAUUAACCUGAAGGAGAGCCAUGGGGCCAUCUCAGAAAACCAAGCACACCAAGGCUAGGACUGCACGACACUGAUCACACUAUAACACUCUGAAAAUAGGUCACUGUAAUGCUUUCUAGGCUUUUGAACACUGUCACUUUAAACAACCAAUGGACCAGCCAAGUGGCAUAUUUUUCUUUUAUCCUAUUUAUUCACUCCUAUGAUUAUCAUUCUUGUUGCCUUUCAAUUCCUCUCUUAUUCUUUCUUUUUAAAAAUUUGACUCUGCAUUGGCCAUAAGACUGAGGCUGACCUUUCACAAACCCCCAAGAGUAACCAGUGUAUUUGUAUAUGAGUGGUUGCAUGAGAAAGCUCAGUGUGCACAUUGUAUUUAUUAAGCCCUGAAGGCAUUUAAUAAAAUAUUAACAUUGUGUUUUGAAUUAUGAUCUUUGUCUGAUUUUCUGGAACAAAAUGUAACAGAGCUAACAUUGAAAAUCCUUUGCGUAUUUGGACAAUGUUACAACAAAUGUUAAUUUUGUACAGAACUCUGGUUUGCUAUUUAAAAACUAAAACUCCAAGUGUAUAGCGCCCCAUGUUGUGAAUAUUGCUUUCUGCUUCAAUGGAAAAGCAGUUUACCUGAAAAUAGCAUUUAACCCCUAUUUUGUUAAUUUAGGCAAAUAAAGACGUUGAAAA